UCUCAGCGAACAAGCUAUGGAAUCUUACAUGGGAAGCAAUCAAUCAGGCCAUAAAGAUAACAUCAAAAAAAUCAAAACCAAGCAGGCCAAUGUCAAGGAAACAAACAAAACAGAUAAAAGAACUGCACAAACGAUCACAUCACUCAACAAAGCGACAGCCAUUGCAAAGAAAUACCUAUCAGGAAAAAUAGAUGCCGAAAGCAUGGCAAGACAACCUGGUACACUGGUUCCAAGAGAUACGCAACCUGAGGACAAGCAUGGCAAAAGCAUUCAAACUGCUUCUUCAGCAUAG